GCGCGCGGCUGUCACAGCCGGCUGCGCGGCGGCGGAACGCGCGAAAAUUCCGAACCGGAGGCGCGAGCAGGACCGCGGGCAUCGUGGAAUGGCCCAGGACACUACAAUGCCUAAAUUGAAUUUCAAAUUUUGGUUGGAUAAAGCUAUUGAGUGGGGUCAGGCCACCACUUUGGAAUCCCAGAAAGAUGUCUGUCUUCACUUGCCCCAGUUGCAGGAGUUUCUAUGUCAGACUUACGAAACUCUCAAACAAAUGAAUUCAAUUGUAGCAAUUCAGCAGUUCCCUUUAAUUGGCCAGUUACUAGGAAGGCUUUGUUGGAAUCCUUUUGUUAUAGGAUAUGAUGAAAGCCAGAAGACUCUGAUGUGGUGCUUAUGUUGUCUGUACAGUAGUGAACCACAGAACCCUGUGGAAUUGAAGGCCAACAGCUGGAUUCAAGUAAGUGAAUGAAUCCUUCCAAGGGCUGCUUUGAAUUAAAUUUAUUAUUUAAAGGUGCUACAUCUACAGUAUUGACACACAUUGGCCAUGUGUGAUUCAAAAUAACAUCCAUUUAGGUAUUAUAGAGAGAAAAAUGUGUCACUUAUUUGUUAUAAACAGCAGCAUAUGCAUAUGAUGUGGUGAGGAGAGCUAUGCCAAAGUGAUGUUCUACUGAAUGCUUUAACUUGUGGGGAGGUUAGAAAGAUGUCUGUCUGUUUUAACCUAUAUCAGUUGUUUGAUCUGAUUCAUGUAACCAUACUGGUGAUUUUGAUGAUACGAAAGGAGUGUCAAGUAUGAAAGAAAAGGGAGUUGUAGAUAGAUGAGAGAGGAACUGCUGCUAUUGGCAGCACUACCACUUCAGGUUGUCCUGGAUUGGGACUAGGAUAAAUAUUUGUUACAAGACACUGUGCUCCUUAGUUUUUCUACUCACUCUUGUGUAUUUGAAUCAAUCUAAAAUACUCACAGUGGGUUAGAGGGUCAAGAAGUAAUGUAAAAGGAGAAGGGAAGAGGACAUGGAGCUCAAAACACCAACAUUUCCAAACUAUUACUGUUGUUCAGCACAUCCUUAAUCGGUUAUAGAGUGUGCACCAUGAUGCAGUUUGAAAUUGUUAUGUUUUCCAUGUUAUUUAUCAUGAAGAUUAUCAUAUAAGUUUGUCAAGAUGUUUUUGUUAGGACAGCCAUAACUUGAGGUUUUCACUGGCUGUUUUCUGUGUGACUGGUGGCUCUACCUAUGCAGUGCCUUCGUCUGACCAUAACCUUAUUCAUAAUGCAGUGUAAGCUUUUCAUGGCAGUGAUACUGACUGUCUUGUGAAGAAGAUGCCCAAUGCUCAUGGUCCCAAAUCUUAAAAUGUAUCAUGGAAUAUUUUGAGUUGGAAGCUGCCCACAUCAUCAAGUCCAACUUCUGGCUCAGCACAGGACCACUGAUAAAUGAAGGCAUUGUCCAAAUUCACCCUGGUCUCUGGUUGCUCAGGGCUCUGCCACUUUGCUGGUGAUCCUGCUCCAUGCCCACCACCUUCUUGAGAAGAACUUGCUCCUUAGGCUCCAUCUGCUGCUCCCCUCCUGCAGCUCCUGUCCAUUCCCUUGGGCCCUGUCGCUGUCACACAGAGCAG